CCGCGGCGCCAGGCGGUGGCGGAGGCGGGGCAAGCUGGCCGGUUGCUAAGACUUGGAGAAGCGCAGCGCUCCCGCCUUCUUCUCAGGUGGCUGCAGGCUUCUGCCCCGCCCUGUCGUCACAGCGGAAAUGUCUGGCAAGGAGAACAACUUCCCCCCGCUGCCCAAGUUCAUCCCCCUGAAGCCCUGCUUCUACCAGAACUUCUCUGACGAGAUCCCCAUCGAGCACCAGGUCCUGGUGAAGAGGAUCUACCGGCUGUGGCUGUUCUACUGUGCCACCCUGGGUGUCAACCUUGUCGCCUGCCUCGCCUGGUGGAUCGCCGGCGGCUCCGGCGCCAACUUCGGCCUGGCCCUGAUCUGGCUGCUGCUCUUCUCCCCCUGUGGCUACGUGUGCUGGUUCCGGCCUGCCUACAAGGCCUUCCGGUCUGACAGCUCCUUCAACUUCAUGGCGUUUUUCUUCAUCUUUGGAGCCCAGUUUGUCCUGACCGUCAUCCAGGCCAUUGGCCUCUCAGGUUGGGGCGCGUGCGGUUGGCUGGCAGCGGUCGGGUUCUUCCAGACCAGCGUUGGGGCCGCUGUGGUCAUGCUGCUCCCGGCCAUCAUGUUCUCUGUGUCGGCUGCCACGAUGGCCAUCGUGAUCAUGAAGGUGCACAGCAUCUACCGGGGAACAGGUGGAAGCUUCCAGAAGGCGCAGUCAGAGUGGAGCGCAGGCACCUGGAGGAACCCGCCAUCCCGGGAGGCCCGGUACAACAACUUCUCUGGGAACAGCCUGCCCGAGUACCCCACCGUGCCCAGCUACCCGGCCAGCGGUGCCCAGUGGCCUUAGGGGGAGCCAGGCGGCCCUGCUGCCUGCCUACCAGCCCACCUCCUCCUCCUGGUCCACCCCCGCCACCCUGGGUCUGCUGAGGCCCUGAGUGGCUGUCCCCCGACCUCCCAGGCAGCGGCCAGGCCCCAACCCCAAGCCAGCUGGCAGUGGGGGACCCGUGCGGUGUCCAUCGCACUCCCAGGAGCAGGCUUCUUGCAAGCUCCGCCCAGAGGCUGUCCGGCCUCUGCUGUCUGGUGGAAGAGCGCCCAUCUCAGUCCUUCCAAGCACGCAUGGUCCCCGUGAGGCCUGCUACGCAGCAGGCCCUCUCCCCGGGGGUCGUGGAGGGUUGACCCGGGCCUCCCAGGUCGGAGGCGGGCUGGCUGCCCUCUUCCAGAGCUGAUGAUGCUGAGAAGGGCCCUGGCCCCGCAUGCUGCCCGCCCAGCCUCUGUCCGGUCGGUUGCCCUUGCCCGGGGCCCAGCUGGGAGAGGGGGCCUUCUCCCUGCCAAGUUUUCAUCUCCUGAUGUGUAGCCAGAGCCUCAAUAUUGUCGUCGUCUAGUGGACGAGCCCAUGGGGAGGGCUAGAGACCGACUGCAGCCUCAGUGCCAUGAUCUGAGCUCCUCCCCAUCUGUCUGUCCGUCCAUCUGUCCAUUGGCCAUCUUGCCUCCAGCCUUCCUGCCAGCGGCCAUGCCGGUCCCGGGUCUCAGAGCUGGGAACCUCGGGCAGGAGCUUGUUAGAUCCGAAACCUGGGACCCACUCCCUCUAGGGGAGGAGGGCAGCGGCUGGCCUGUCCCUGCAGGUCCAGGUCGAGGUCCAGGUCCAGGUAGGGCGACAGACAGUGCGUGCCCCAAGGCCAGGCGCAGGGCCGCGGCACAGCCCUUUCUGGAGCUGCAGGGUUGGGAGGUUCCUCAGGAGGAGCAACCAGACAGACAAACCUGUGCCUUAGUGAGGAAAGAGCCGUCCCUCCUCCCUCUCCCCACCGGUCCUCCCAGCUCCUUCCCAGGCAGCAGCCAGCAGCCCGGUGAAUGGAUGGGCCGGAGAGCCCUCCCAGCAGCCUCCUGGCCCUCGCUGGCCCUGCUUCCUGGGCAGGAUGGGCCCCUCCCAUCACACCGGCCUCUCCCAGGAGCCUCCCGGCCGCUGACCCGCCCUGCUCGCCCGCGCCUGCUCGCUUGGCUGCUACUGCUGAACGCCACGCACUGUUCGAGGGUGGCCAUGGCCCUGAGAAAGCGCCUGGGUCUGGGUCCCCCAGGGGCAGGGCCUCCUGGGAUGGGAAGCCCAGGCCCCUCACCCGAGGCUGGUGCCACGCUCCUCAGGGCUGAGUCUCCUAUGACCGGGAUGCCACUGGUGACAGCGGUUGACCCGGCGUCAGCCAGCCAUGGGGCCAGUUGUGGGGCUCGCCCAGUGCGCACACCCCACCCUGUGCUCCCCACUGCCUGCUGUACCUUGAAGGUUUUGUUAUGUGAGAAUAUCCAGGAAAUAAAUACAUCCUUCCUGCACUA